AUGUUCGUGGUUUACUAUGAAACCAAGUUUGAGGUUCUAUCUAGAUAUUGUCCAUACUAUAAUUGUUUAGAUGCUGAAGGUUCCAAGUGUGUAAAGUUUGAAAAUGGGUUGCGUCCAGAGAUCAAGGAGUUUAUUGGAUAUCAUGAGAUUUGUCGUUUCUCAGUGUUGGUUAAUAAGUGCAGGAUCUAUGAUGAAGAUAUCAGAGCAAGAUAUACUUACUAUAAGAGUGUGAAUGAGAAGAAGUUUUCUAAUCAGAAUCACCGCAAGCCGUAUUCAAACCCAGGGGCCAAAGGAAAUCAGAAAGCUGCAAUCGAAAAUGAAAUUAGUGGGGGAGAUGCUAUGUUUCCUCUAAGAUGUGGAAACUAUGGUAAGCUAGGUCAUCGUGUUCCAGAGUGCAACAAUACCACUCCAAAUUAUGGAGAGCAGGGUCAUAUAAAUACCUAUUAUGAGAAACCGAAGAAAGAACCAGGUGUAGGUCAGAAUGUCCAGGCCAAGGGGAAAGUCUUUGCUCUUAGUGGUGUUGAAGUCUCAAGAUCAGAUAAUUUGAUUUGA